AGGGGCCGGCGCAGCGCGCCGCCGCCCGCCGCCCCCCAGACGGGACUGGCCCCGCACCCCCGGCCGCGCUCACCGGGACCCCCGCCUCGCCCCAGAGCCAGGAUCGGGGGAGAGGGGACGCUGCCGGACGCCGCUGCGGAAAGAACCAACAUGCAAAGUGGAAGGAAAAGCGAAACUGCUCUUUUAGCAAAAAAAUAAUGGCUUUCAGCCCCUUUCAUAUGUUUUCAUUUUACUUCAUAAUGGGAGGAGCACGAUUCUCUGAAUCAUUGAGGCAAAAUUUGGGCAUCAUUGGCUGAAGAUAUGAUGAAAGAAGACUUGAAAAUGUGCCAAUACUCGAUGACUAUUAAUUCAGACAAACCUUUCACAAAGGAAAAUAGUGGUUAAAAGCCCCACAGUCUCAUCUAAAGGAGCUAAUGAAGGAUUUCUCUUUGUUUUUUCUUUCUUCCCUUUCUCCCAUGAGUCCAAAAAGUGAAAGAUGGAAAGAGCGUGUAUACAAAUCGAGAUAAGAGGAAGGCUGAAGAAAGUAGUUUCAGUUUUUAAGUGUGUUUUCCAAGUGCUGUAAAUUCCCUAAAUAAUCAAAUUCAACCCAUUGUUUUGAAUAAAUUAUAUCUUUUUGUGAUCAGUGAAGGCUUUUUUUUUUUUGGUCAGCUCUAGGAGUGGAAUUUGAUCUGACUGAAGGCAUUAACACAGAAAAUGUAUGGCUCUGAUUCCUGUUUUCAAAUCAAAGUUUACAAGUUAUCAAAGUUUUGGUUUCUUUCUGACUGUAUUGUCAACCUGUGUUUUGUAUGUUUAUCUCGGAGAUUUUACUUUCUCCCAAUUUUAAUGUUUAUACUGUAUUGUUGUAUUUGAGAAAAAUGUGAACAGACAAGGCACCUGAGAUUUAACUUCUCAACAGCCUCGCUAUUUCAAUGUUGUAGCUCAAAUUACAAGUAAUCUGAGUAUCUGUUAGAAUGUGCAGUAAACACUAAGUCUUUUCUUUGAAGAAAAAAAUGCCUUAAUAUGCUCAUGCUUGUGCUAACUGGAUCAAAGCUUGAUAUCUGAACGUUGUGUUUUGUUAGGAAGUGCAUGCCUGGGGAAGAGGAUCUGCCUAAUGGAUCAUGGCUCUGAUGCUUACAGGGCAUACCUUAUUUCUAGCAUUAAUGAUGUUUGCUGUCUUCACUUUUGAAGAAUCUGUAAGCAAUUACUCUGAUUGGGUGACUUUCAUGGAAAAUGUAGGUCAAUAUGAGAAACAGAAACUUGAAGGUCUUGGUGCUGAGCAGAAGCUGAAAAAAACAGUUCUGCAUCCAAGUUUGUAUUUCGAUGCUGAGGAUGUCCAUGCACUGAGGCAGAAAGCUCACACAAGCCACUCACAUCUAUUUAGAGCUAUCAGAAGUGCAGUGAUAGUUAUGCUAUCCAACCCAUUAUACUACCUACCUCCACCCAAGCAUGUUGAUUUUGCUGCAAAGUGGAAUGAGGUUUAUGGUAACAAUCUGCCACCACUAGCAUUUUAUUGUUUGUUGUGCCCUGAAGAUAAAGCUGCAUUUGAUUUUGCCCUAGAAUAUAUGGACAGAAUGGCUGGUUACAAAAACUGGUUGGUGGAGAGUGCACCUGGUGAUGAAGUGCCACUGGGACACUCCCUAACUGGAUUUGCCACUGCUUAUGACUUCUUGUAUAAUUCACUGGAAAAUGUGAGAAGACAAAAAUACCUGGAGAAGAUACGGUCUGCAAGUGAGGAAAUGUAUGAGUACUCAAAGGUUCGUUCCUGGGGAAAGCAGCUUCUCCAUAAUCACCAGGCAACCAAUAUGCUUGCUUUGCUCACUGGAGCUUUAGUUACAGGGGUGGACAACGGAUCUCAGGCAAAUAUUUGGAAACACACUGUUGUUGAUGUGAUGGAGAAAACAAUGUUUCUGCUCAAUCAUAUUGUAGAUGGGUCUCUGGAUGAGGGAGUAGCUUAUGGGAGUUACACAGCUAAGUCUAUAACCCAGUAUGUUUUCCUGGCCCAGCGUCAUUUUGGUAUUAACAACUUGGAAAAUAAUUGGCUCAAAAUGCACUUUUGGUUUUACUAUGCCACCCUAUUACCAGGCUUUCAAAGGACUGUGGGCAUAGCAGAUUCUAAUUACAACUGGUUUUAUGGUCCUGAGAGCCAACUGGUUUUCUUGGAUAAGUUUAUCAUGAAGAAUGGAGCUGGCAACUGGUUGGCACAGCAAAUUAGAAAACACAGACCCAAAGAUGGACCAAUGGUGCCAUCCACCGCACAGAGGUGGAGCACAUUGCACACCGAGUUUAUAUGGUAUGCUGCUGAAAUCACUCCUCGACCACCUCCUGACUAUGGCACUGCUAAAUUGCAUGUGUUUCCUAAUUGGGGAGUUGUUACUUAUGGGGCUGGAUUGCCAAGCAGCCAGACAAACACCUUUGUGUCCUUCAAGUCUGGAAAACUCGGUGGACGUGCUGUCUAUGAUAUUGUCCACUUUCAACCAUAUGCCUGGAUUGAUGGGUGGAGAAGUUUCAAUCCGGGACAUGAACAUCCUGAUCAGAACUCUUUCACUUUUGCUCCCAAUGGACAGGUGUUUGUAUCUGACGCUCUCUAUGGACCUAAACUCAGCCACCUGAACAAUGUCUUGGUGUUUGCCCCAUCUCCUACUAGCCAGUGCAACCAGCCUUGGGAGGGACAGCUUGGUGAGUGUGCCCAGUGGCUGAAGUGGAUUGGUCAUGAGGUUGGAGACUCAAGUGGAGAAAUUAUAACAGCCUCCCAGUCUGGGGACAUGAUGUUUGUGAGUGGUGAGGCGGUCUCUGCUUACACAUCAGCAAUGAAAUUGAAAAGUGUAUAUCGCAUUUUGCUGCUCUUAAAUUCUCAGACUUUGUUAGUUGUAGACCAUAUUGAGAAGGAGGAAGACUCUCCUGUUAAUUCUGUCAGUGCCUUUUUUCAUAAUCUUGACAUUGAUUUUAAAUACAUACAAUAUAAAUUUAAGAACAAAUACAACGGAGCUAUGAUGGAUGUGUGGGAUGCCCACUACAAGAUGUUUUGGUUUGAUCAUCAUGGGAGUAGUCCUGUUGCUAGGAUACAAGAGGCAGAACAAGCUGCUGAAUUCAAAAAGAGAUGGACUCAGUUUGUAAAUGUUACCUUUCCAAUGAAAAGCACGCUUGCAAGGAUUGUUUACCUUUUCUAUGGCCCAUAUGUCAAUGUUUCUAACUGCAGGCUCAUUGAUAAUGCAAAGUCUGGAUUUCAGAUUUCACUCAGUGUCAACAACACUGAAAAUACGGUCUUUGUUGUGACUGAACAUCAGAAUUUAAAGACCAGGUUUGAUUACUUGGGAUUUGGUGGUUUUGCCAAAGUAGUUCAUGAAAACAAAGUAACCAAGUUUGGUCUAGGUACUGAAUCUGUGGAAAAACGGAUUAAAAUUAAUAGGGUGGUUUUCCCAUUUGGAUUCAAAGUGAACAUAAUCGCAGGGUUAAUUUUGGGUGUUAGUUUGGUCAUACUGGCUUUUCAGUGGCAGUUUUACAUAUCCUUCAGUAAAAUGUUGCGUUGGAUCCUUAUACUAGUUAUCACAUUGUGGCUUAUUGAAUUGGUGGAUGUGUGGAGCAUGUGUACCCAGCCCAUCUGUGUGAAAUGGAGCAGUGACUUGACAAGGCUAGAACAUGAUAAAGGCAAUAAAGCCAAACAAUUAGAAGGGAACCCCGUUGUUUUGCCAGAUGUUAUAAUUACUUCGCUUCCUGCCUCUGGUGCAGAAAUUUUAAAACAGGUGUUUUUCAAUAGCAGUGACUUCUUAUAUAUGAGGAUACCUACAGCCUAUCUAGAAAUUCCUGAGAGUGAAUUUGAAAUUGAUUCAUUUGUAGAUCCAUGUGAAUGGAAGGCUUCUGAUGUUCAGAAUGGUAAUUUUAAUCUUCUCAGAGGGUGGCUCCAGUCUUUAGUCCGAGACACAAAAUUACAUUUACAAAACAUUCAUUUAUAUGAAGCCAGCAGAAGUAAAAUUACUCAGCAUUCUACCAUAAGCAAGGACAAAAAGAAGAGAUCGAAAAAGAGAGAAUCUCUGUCAGAGCAAAGAAGCAGGGCAAGAGUAAGUCAAGAUAAAGAUGCUGAAUAUAUUAGGGAAUUGAGAAGACACCUUGUCUACUAUCCUAAUGCACGACCUGUGCUUAGUUUAAGUAGUGGGAGCUGGACAUUAAAGCUUCCCUUCUUUCAGGAAAUCUUAGGACCACCAAUGAGAGCAUUAUAUGUAGUAAGAGACCCACGAGCAUGGAUUUAUUCAAUGUUGUACAAAAAUAAGCCAAGUCUUUACUCCUUGAAAAAAGUUCCACAACGCUUGGCUGCAAUGUUCAAAUGGGAAAAUCAUAAAGGAAAAUGUAGUCUAAGUGAAGGCUAUGCCUUUGAAUAUGAAUCAUUAAGAAAAGAACUUUCAAAAUCUAACUCAAACGCUGUUUCUGUGUUGUCCUAUUUAUGGCUUGCAAACACAGCAGCAGCACUGAGAAUAAAUGGUGAUUUGCUGCCAACAAAUUAUCAGAUGAUCAAAUUUGAAGAUAUUGUGAGCUUUCCUCAGAAGAUGGCUGAAACAAUUUUUGCCUUUCUUGGUAUUCCUCUUUCUCCUGCUAGCUUAAACCAAAUAUUAUUUGCCACCUCCACCAGUCUUUUCUAUCUUCCUUAUGAAGGGGAAAUUUCACCAAGUAGCAUUCAUGCCUGGAAACAAAACAUGCCCAAGGAAGAAAUUAGACUGAUUGAAGAUAUUUGUUUUUCUUUAAUGGACCACUUAGGAUACCCAAAGUUUGUAGAAUAAAUGCUGCCGGUCAGCAGAAAUUUGCACUAAUUAUCUCUGAUUUCCAAUUUGUGGAUAAAUAUUAGAGAAGUUUGUUUAUUCUUGUAAAAUGUGUACAGUCUGCUACUUUCAGAUAAAUUAUUUUAAGAAAAAGAUACUUGUUCUUGCAGGUGUUUUUUGUUGUUUCUUUUUGUUGUUUCUUUUUUCUUUUUUUUUUUCUUUUUCUUUUUUUUAAUAAUAAAUAGAAACAACUUGUAACUACUUUUGCUGCCUUUGGAAAAACAAACAAAAAACUGUGUGAACCUUUAUGGAACUACCAACUGAGGGCUCUAUAGCUCAGGGGAUUAGUAAUAGAAUAUGGAGCUUUUCACCUCCUGCUCACCAGUUUGACCACAGCCCAGGUGCUUAGUUCCCAAAAGUAGUUACUAUCUGUUGAUUGUAUGAAGGUUUAUAUGAAUUUAAACUGGUGGUGUUGGCCCAGUUCCCAGUGGUGAUAAUUAACUCCCUUGGACAGGUUUUCUGAGACAUUCUGUCUCACUGGUCAGUGCAGCGGUGCAAAAUAAACACAAGCUGAGGUUUAAGGCUGUUCAGUAGGUGAAAACAGCUACGAUAUUUGAGGGAAUCUAGUUCCUUAUUUACAGCCUCAACAGGCCCAGAACUGAAACGGAUAUUGAAUAUCGCUGUAUGAUAUGGUUCCUUCAGUUCAGAGACACAGCACUUACAUUGGGUUUGUCCUUUGACUUCAUUCUCAAUGGCUGACAACAUCACCUCUUGUGAGCAUGAAGUAAACUAUCUGAAGAAAAAGAAAUGGGGUAAAAUUUAAGAAACUGAGAUAUCCCAAACUAACAGUUAAAUGUGGAAAGGAUUUUUUGUAGCUUUGACCUGCCUCAGUCAACCUGUCUUAAUUUUGAAGGUUGUUAACAUCUUGACUCCUCAUUCUGCUUAAUUGUGCACCUCUUAUCUAACAGGUUCUGGAAGAAUCUUUUCUUUUUGAGUGAGAUGUUGCCGUCUUUCUUUGUUGUAAAACAUUCCUCUGCUGAUUCUUGUGCAUAAGUUCACCAAGGCCAGUGCAAAUAUUUGAUGUUGAUGUCUUCAUAACAUGAAAAGCUAAGAUUUAGAAGAUCUUAAAUUAAUCUCCAGGUCUUUGUUCCUGAGGGAGGUUUUGUUUUUCUGUAUGGUGUAUUUCUGAAGGACAACCAUUGCUUACCUCAGAUCUCCUCUCAGAGACUGGAGAAAUCUGAAACUCGCUCUAUUCUCAGCCACUUCAUGUUUGAGUAAUUCCCCACAGUAAAGUAUCUCCAAACUCUGCUAUCAUGUUUUUAUCAUGACUAGCGUUUCUUUAACAUGACGCUGUAAUAUGAUAUUGAUUUGGAAACAGAUAAGUUUGAUAGAGUAGAUAUGUCUUUGUCAUGGCUUGUUUUCUUUUUGAGUCACAGCUUUAGUUUUGCACAUUCCCAUUAAGCACAAAGGUUUCCUAAUUUAACUUGCUGAUUAUUCUUUGGAAAUGCAUGCAUACUGUAAAUGUCUGCAGAUGUGUAAAUCUGAUCACAAAGAAGCAUCUGUUUCCUUUAUCAUCUAUUUUUUAUUACAAAUGGAAUUGUCUUGAAACAUACUUCCUUUUUUUUUUUUUUUUUUUUGUGGGAGCUGGUGUCGGAGUUUGGGGUUAUUAUAUUGAAAUAUAUGUGUAAUUUUUGUUUAUUUGGGUAAUAAGCAUUAGAUUAUAUCAGAAGUGUAGUGAGUCUCUUCAUACAGAUUAUAAGUACCAUUCCUGAUUUCUAAUAUAAAGGAGUUAUUGCUUUUCCUUCCAAUCUUACUACUUGUCCUUGUCUUAAUCCCUCUGUCUUGUCCUUCUCAUAUACACAUUUAAUAUCCUUUGGAGCACAUUGUGAUGUCUCAUCAUGACCUAGAUAAAAGUAGCUCUUUCUCUACCAAUCAUUUGUGUGUCAAAAUGGGCCUCUAGCAUGAUAAACCCAUUGAUAUUUUGCAGUCUCACUUACCAAAACUUAACUGCUGUUUACUAGCAGCAGCUAAUUUUUUCCUCCUUCUAUUCUAAGUCUCAACCCUGGCUGGGUGGAAUGUCCUGUUAAAGGAGAUAUGAAACAGGUUAAUAAACACUGACAUGGUAGUGAAAGUUCAGUUUUCAACUACAUCCUUUCAAAUUAGUUUCUCUCUGAAGCCAUUUUUUAUGAUAUGAAAAAAAAAAAAAAGUAUUAAUGUCUGUACAAUUUUCUGUACUUGACAGAAUAUGUUUAUAAAUUUGCCUUCUAUUUCCAGGAUUUAUACUCUAGAAUCAGAACAAAUAAAAAGGCUUUUUCUCUGUCGGAUGUUUUAGGGCAACUGAAGGUAAGAGUUAAGACUGACUAUAUAUUUGUGGAAGUAGACACCUUUAAAUCCCUUCCUGAAAGUGCUUUAUAGAAUGCUGUAUAGAAUGCCUAUAAACCAACUUUUCAUUUGUUUUUGAGGAGUUAAGGUAUACAGGAUGAUCUGUCAAGAGGGUUAGCCAUGCUUCUUUUGGAAUACAGGUUAUCUCAUGCAUUUAUGUUCAGAAUACAUGCUAUUGCUGUCAUUUCUUAUAUGCAAGAUUUAGGAGCUAUUUCUUUUCUGUACUGUACUCUCCAGGGUCUAAGAAUGCAUAAUCUAUUAUUCAGAUUUGGAUGCACUGUGUGUUCCUAGUACAAAUUUAAUAAGAUAAAAAAAGAUCUCCUUUAUUUUUGGAUCUUGUUGUGAGGGCAAACGCGUUAACAUCAUUACAGUAAAAUACAUAGAGGGAAAGGCAGUGUCUUUGAAAAAAUAGGGUAGGAAUACUUAAGGUAUGACAACUCUAAUUUUUCACCAAGUAAUUGCUUUGUUUGGAUUUAGAUGAUGAAUUACUUGACCACUUGACUGAAGUUAGUACCAGACAGGAGUUAUCCCAGCCAUGGAGUUGAUUGAGUUUGUAUUUAAAUUGUGGCCUUGUACCUGCAUGAACAGCAACCCAAGACACAUUGGGAACAUGCAUGUGAUUGCCCAUCCAAAUCUGAGACUUUGUAUAAUAACUUCCAGUGGCACCAACCAUUUUAUUUAUGAAUAAAUUUCACAGCUGUGAUGUGGAAAAGCAGCAAUGCUGUGAAGGUCUGGUAGUAAAAAACAAACAAACAAAAACAAAACCUUGCCUUUCUCUAUUAAAGGCUAAAUUAUAAUUUUAUAUCUGCUGAUCUUAAGUCAGAUUGGUCGUUACACUAUUUUUUUCAUGUGCAAAUGUUCCCAUUGAGACUACUGUCACUCUGUGUAUGAAGAACAUGCGUGUAAUUUUAUAAUAUGUAAUUAUUUUGUGGGUGUACAUUUACUGACAAAAUUCUUUUCAAUCACUUGCAUCCAGAGGAAUGCAGACUUUAACCUUAUCUUUCUCCAUAUAGUAAUGGUUCAGAAUGUCAGUAACAUUUGAGAAUGUUAGAUUGAUAUUUUUUUUUUUUUGAAAAGCAUGAAUAUUUAGGUAUGUUGAUUGAAAAGUGUUCUAGCACUUUCAAUUAUACUUCAGAAAGAUGCUCAUGAAAACUAGUCUCAUAUCUUAACUUUGCUUCCACUUUCUCCCUGUGUUAAAUGUUAGUAAUAGUUUGUACUACAUUGAACAUAGUACUAUAUUUGAACUCACCUAUUAUGAGAGAGCAAAGAUUUUGACACAUUUUAGAAAAGAAAUCUUUAUUUAAAUGCUUACCUCAGAAUCAUAUUUGGAAGCCUAAGGAAAAUAAACACCAAGGAACACAUUUCAGUUAUUUACUUACUUUGUAACUAAAUGACAUUGGCCCUGGGACCUAUGUAAGAGGGUCUUGGCAUUCAGAGUUAUAUCACAUGGCAUGAAUCUAUAGUCUCUGAGCACAUUUACAUGCUUUUAUUUCCCCAGUAAGACUUUUUUCCAUGAUCAACAUCAGUGAUGAUGAGCUACAGUAUCAUGGUCAGAUUGGUUCCCUUCUCCCUCUUAGCAUGCAAUUGACAUGCAACUCUUCAUCGGAAUUUAUGUUUGAACAGUGAAUUUGCAGGAUCCAGGAGUGAAUUUCUGGACAAUAUCCUCAGUUAUAUGUAAAAUAUAUGAUACAACUCAUUUGAUGCUGAAAUACUAUUUUGAUAGUGUUAGAAUGCAAAGCAAACAACAAAAAUGCACUUCAGGUUUUGUAAAGUUAUCAAUAACUAUUUUGUAGAGCUCCAGUUAUGGAUUAGAUUUAUUUAUUUAUCUAUUUGUUUAACCAUUAAAAUGAUUUCACUUGCUCUUCAGACUUCAUGAUGUGACUGCUAGGGGAUUCUUGUCUCUGCCUGACAGUCAGUUAUUUCCAUUAUUAGUCUUGGCGACUAAGAGGAACAUGAUCAUACAAAGUCUGGAAUAUAAUAGUGCAUUUACUCAAAAAAAAUUGAAGUGCACAUUUCAUGAUUAAGGAUAAAAAUAUGGCCCAUAUGUUGGGGUCCAUAUGUUGGUAUAUACUAUAAUUAGUAUCUGUAUUUAUUUAUUUCAGGAGAGUUAGAAGUAAAAGUAAUUUAUCUUUUUUUUUUUUUUUUAAUUACACUAAACCAUUUUCUUCAAGAGAAUAAGUACAAUCAGGAUAUCAUAUAAUUCCUUUCUUCAUCUGGACUCCAUUUUAGUUUUGGUUCAGACUAAAACUUUUGUUUUAUGUCUUAUUAUGAAUGGGCUGUUUUCUGAGGUAAGAUUCUGUCUGGAAACUUCAGAGUUAUGAUUCUGUCUGGAGAUUCCAUUUCAUUGAAUUUCUGUGAGGAAUAUCAUGCACUACAAAUUUAAAUCCCUAAAUUGUGAGCUGUUCAGAUUUGGGCCAAAAAUAGAAUAAUGCCUUGCUGACCUCAAAGAAUGUUUUUGCCAUUGACUUUAACAGGGCGUAAAAUACUACCCCAAAUAUUUUUUUUCUUGGAAGGAGCUAUGCAAAAUUUGUGAAAUAAAUAAAAGUCUCUAGAUCAUUCUUUAUUAACUGGAGACAACAUUAGCUGGUUUCUAAAAUGUAAAAACUGAUUUAUCUUUGGAUUUUUCUCUCUUCUCUAAACAAAUGUUACCUUCUAGAGAAUUGCUGUCUACCUAGCCUGAAUAUUUCUAAACAUCAGAAAUUACUGGAAAUAAUUUCAUCAAAUGAUCAAUCAAGGUUACUGUUCUUAAUAUUAGAAAAGAGAUUUAAAUGCAUUUCAAUAAUGUGAAAAAUAAUUGUGCACUAACAAUAAUCAAAGGUAUCUAUAGACCAGUAAAUUUAUAAACUCAUAAAUGUAGGUAUAGGAACAAAAAUAUUCAAAUUAAUGUAUGAAGUACAGUUUCAAAUGUCAGGACUUGGAUUUUAUUUAGUGAGGAGAAAUUUGCUGAUACAUAAUCUGCACCAUUUUCAUAAAGUAUAUGAAUGGGUAAUCUUGUGCUGUUUCAGAAAAUAAUAAUGGGAAAAUGCACGUUACUGAGAUGAUACUGUUUUAAAUUAUACUAUACAUCACUUAGAGCUGACAGUAUGCUCGGAUUUAUAUGUGAUGUAAGAAAACAAAAUCUGGUUUCAUUCACACUUGUCUAAACAUAUAAUAAUUUCUGAAAGAUUCUUCAUUUCUGCUGAUACAACCACAACAUUUAGUUUAUUAUUUUUACUGAGGAAGAUAUUAUGGUGUUUAAGAACAUGACCUAAAGUAAUCUAAUCACACAUUAGGUAAUUUAAGUGAUGUAAUUAAAUGAGGAUCCUUGUCACUCUAGAAUCAAUGGAAAGCAAGUGUCACCUUCAGAAGGAAAUCAGACAUAACUCUUUGUAAAUCCUCAAAAGCUGAGGGUGAUUAAACUCUUUAUUUUAGAUGCUGGAUGAAAGGCAUCAAAGGAAAUGGGGUUAAUGGCAUUAAUUUGGCUUUAAAUGUGUAUGGUCUUACUUCUAAGUAAAUUUCUAUGUCUAAGCAGUUUUAGUGCAUAGAAAAUGUUAUGUCCAUAGAAAAUUUUAUGAAACAUUCCACAUAAAAUAAAGCUCUUGUUAGAAAAAUAA